CCGUGGUUGUACGAUAGCAUCCGAACCACUUACUCAACGAAACCUCCAAUUCACUCAAGUCGAAGUGUUCGGUGUUCUGUGGCGCAUCGAAGAGACUGCACCAAAGCCGUUGACCUUCCAUACGAACAGUAUGGCGGAGACAACAUAUGCUGUGUUGGCUGUGUUGCCAGUGUUAGUAUACGUCCUCUACUACCAGUUACAGCAGUACCGCUUCAAGAGAUAUGCCCACAUCCCCACACCAUUGAAGCCUAAUCUUUUCCUCGGUCAUCUUGGGUACAUGGCUGCUGGCCUCAAGAAGUCUGGUAAUUCGAAAAUGCAUCCAGAUUAUAUCCUUGAAGAUCUCUGGAAUGAGAACGGACGGCCUGAGUUCAUGCAUUUCGACUUCAGACCGGUUCAACAUCCCGUCCUGCUCGUCACCACCCACGAGCUCGCUGAGCAGUUCACUAAGACCACCAAGUCGCAUCCAUACAGUAUUACGAAGUCGCCGACCAUACAAGGCGAAUAUGGAGCACUAGUAGGAAAGCGGUCUAUGUUGUCUGAGAACAACGGCGAAAGCUGGAAAGCGCUGCGCAAGCAGUUCAACCCAGGCUUCGCACCAAAGCAUAUUGUCACGACACUUCCUGUCAUGACCGAAAAGACUAGGGUCUUCAUGGAAAAGCUGGAUGCCGUUGCGAAGUCCAGUGUUGUUACCGAGCUGGAUGGGCUUUGCGUCAACUUGACCUUCGACAUCAUCGGCCAAGUCAUCACAGAUGUUGACAGUCAUGCACAAGAGGAGAUGCUUUCGCAGGGGAAUGACUUUUUGCGUAACUUCCGCCUCCUCUCUGAAACUUACGUUUCCGGCAGUGGCCUCGGACUCGCAGCGAUCAACCCAUACAUACAAUUCAAACGGUACUAUUACAGCCGCCGCAUGGAUGCCGCCCUGUUCAAGAUCAUCCGCGAGAAGUUCGACAAUAUCCAGCAGUCUCGCAGCACCGAGACCAAGACAACGAAAGACCGAUCCGUCCUCGCCCUCGCACUUCAAGAUGUCGAAGUCCUUACCUCAGACAUCUGCCAACUGGUCGCCGACCAAUGUAAAACGUUUCUCUUCGCCGGGCACGACACAACGUCGAUCCUGCUCCAACGCCUCUUCUACGUUCUGUCAAUUCAUCCAUCCUGCCUCGCCAAGAUCCGAGCAGAACACGAUUCCAUCUUCGGCUCCGAAGAUCCACAAGCAGUGUUACUCGCGAGACCCGACGAAACGCUGAAAGCACUAGUUUACACGAGCGCUUGCAUCAAGGAGACGUUGCGUCUCUGGCCACCGGCAGGUACGGCGCGCAUGAGCCACGACAAGUUCAAGGUCCGGACGAAAGACGGCGAUGAAGUCGUAGUGGAUGAGUGCGUGGUCUAUCCCAUGCAGCAUAUCAUCCAUCGUGACCCCAAUGUCUACGGGCCAACUGCGAAUGACUUUGUGCCCGAGCGAUGGACAGGCAAUAGCGACACAAGUACCGCCACCAAUGCCGAUGUAAACGGAACCGCCACGGCCACAGACAAGAUUCCCGCCAGCGCGUGGAGACCGUUCGAGCGCGGGCCUAGGAACUGCAUCGGUCAGGAGCUCGCUAACCUCGAAGCAAGAGUUAUUCUGGCUUGCGUGAUGCGGCGAUACGACUUCGUCAAGGUCGGUGUUGGGGAGGUAGUGACAGAUGAGAAAGGUCAGCCGGUUUUGGGCGAGAAGGGUAGGUAUAAGACGAAGUCAGAGUUGAUCAGCACUAUGAGCGUGACCAGCAAGCCGAUCGAUAAGACGAGAAUGAUCGUCAAGUUGAGGCAGGCCUGAUGGAGGUGUCUUCCAUCUUGCACGAAGUCGCGUCAGUGGAUUUUACCUUCCGCAAGAGAGGCAGGCGCUCUCCGGUCAGACACGAGAGACGCAGAGGUCCUUUCUUCCUUCUCUCACUGUUUACC